AUGAAAGUAGCCAUCACCGAAUGGCACGCGGUGGCCACUUGGAAUUGGGAUAUCUCUCAAACCCACGGAGAUGAGCUCUGUGGAAUUUGUCGAGUGCCUUUCGAUGGAACUUGUCCCAACUGUAAGUAUCCAGGCGAUUCUUGCCCGCUAAUAUUGGGUCAGGGAUGUACACACAACUUUCAUCUCCAUUGUAUUUUGAAAUGGCUUGAGCAGGAGACGUCAAAGGGGCUUUGUCCGAUGUGUAGACAAACAUUCACAGCCAAGGUGAUCAAUGGGGUUGGCAGUGCGAAGGAAUUAGAAGAAUUGCAGAAAUUGGUGGAUGGUCACAGGGCCAGCCGCGAUCAGGUCGGUGAGGAGGAGUUUGAGGCAUUUGAAGAGUGA